AUGGCACCCAAGAAAAAGGGACAGAAGAUGGACUUGAACUCGUUCUUGGCCGACACCACCACUGGUGGAUCGUGGGCUGACGAGAUGGACGAGCUCCCGACCGGACCCUCGGCCGGCCCUACCUUUGGCGAGGGACCCGGACUCGGCGGCUCGCACCUCACCCGCGGAAUGGGCCAAGGCGACCGCUACGGCCCCCGCUCCGGCGGACCAGGCGGCUUCGGCGACCGCGACGACGGGCGUCCGCCCCGCGCCGAGGUCCCCUUCCCGACUGCGCCGCCUUACACCGCGUUCGUGGGCAACUUGAGCUUCGAGACGACCGAGGCGGACUUGGAGGACUUCUUCACCGGUCUCGGCGUCAAGUCGGUCCGCCUCGUCACCGGCAUGGACGGCAAGCCCCGCGGAUUCGGCUACGUCGAGUUCGAGACGGCCGACCACCUCUCGCAGGCUCUCUCCGCGUCGGGCCACGACCUCGGCGGUCGCGUCGUCCGCAUCUCAGUCGCCGAAGCGCAGACGAGCCGGAUGGGCCGCGCAGACGAGGCGAGCACGUGGGAGCGCACUGGGCCUCUUCCGGGUCUCCCUGGCCGCUCGGGCGGGUUCGGCGGAAUGUCGAGGGACCGUGGACCCCCUCGUGACGGACCGGGCGGCUUCGAGGAAAUCGAGCGCGACGCCCCGAUCCGCGGUGGAAAGUUCACGCCUUCUGCGCCUUCUGAGCCCCGUCGUGGGUUCUCGGGCUAUGGCGCGCCCGCUGGACCAGGCGGCGAAGGAGGACGUCCGCCUCGCUCGUUCGAGCCCGCACCGGAGAUCGAGCGCGACGCCCCCAUCCGCGGAGGCAAGUUCAUCCCCUCGGCGCCGCCUGCCGAGCGCGGCGAGAGGAGGCAGAUGUUUGCGGAUCGCGAGAGGACGGGUCCCGGUGCGGAUGAGGCGCAGACUUGGGAGAGGAGGGGACCGCUUCCUGGGCAGGAGAGGAAGGGCUUUGGAAGUGGCUUUGGAUCGAGGACUCCCUCGGACCCGCCUAUGACCCGCCGCCCUCUGCAGCUCUCCGCCCGCUCCGCCACCGGCACGCCCGGCGCCUCUCCUCCCUCCUCGACUCCCUCCACUCCCGCCGGCAGCUCGUCGCGCGCCAGUCCCUUCGGCGCCGCCAAGCCCAUCGACACCGCGUCGAAAGAGCGCGAAGUCGAGGAGAAACUCGCUGCGCGUCCUGCGCCUACGUUGCCGGAGAAGAAGGAGCGUAAGGAGGGUUUCGCGGGUGCGGGUGCGGGUGGGGAGAGGGGCGAGGGCGCGUGGGUCAGGAAGGGCCCGCUCGCACCGGCUGCGGCUAAGCCCAAGGACGUUGCGCCCCCUUUGCCUCCUGUCGAGAAGGACACGCCGCCCCAUGCCGCUGCUCCCGCUCAGCAGGGAGCGAAGAUUGAGAAGCCCGCGAUGAGGAAGGACGGGUUCAGUUACUCGAACGUUGCGGGUAAGAGCGAGGGAGGUGAGGUCGAGGAAGUCACCAAGGGCGUCGAGGCGCUUUGA